UAUUUCUUCAAACACUUCUCUUGCUUCUUGCUUGUUUUCCAACACCAAUGGCUUCCUCACUCAAUCUCCUCCACCUCCUCCUCAUACUACUAACCCUCUCCUCCGCCACCGCCACCUUCCGCCACCGUCGUACCGCCUCCCAUAACUACCGAGAUGCCCUCACCAAAUCCAUUCUUUUCUUUGAAGGCCAAAGGUCCGGUAGACUUCCACCCAACCAAAGAAUGACUUGGAGGAGAAACUCCGGACUUUUGGAUGGAUCCGCGAUGAAAGUAGGCGACUUUGUUCGCUUUUUACGUGUGGAUUUAGUAGGCGGGUACUACGACGCAGGGGACAACGUCAAAUUCGGGUUCCCAAUGGCGUUCACCACGACAAUGUUGUCAUGGAGCGUGCUUGAAUUCGGCGGUAUGAUGAAAAGCGAGUUAGGAAACGCCAAAACCGCGAUCCGUUGGGCCACCGAUUACCUUCUCAAAGCCACCGCGCAACCCGACACCAUUUAUGUUCAAGUUGGUGAUGCAAACAAAGAUCAUGCUUGUUGGGAAAGACCAGAAGACAUGGAUACACAAAGAACAGUUAUAAAAAUUGACAGAAAUAACCCUGGAACAGAUGUUGCUGCUGAAACAGCUGCUGCUCUUGCUGCUGCAUCUUUGGUGUUUAGAAAGUCUGAUCCUAAUUACUCAAAGGUCCUUUUAAGAAGGGCAAUUAGGGUGUUUGCAUUUGCUAAUAAGUAUAGAGGUGCUUACAGUGAUGGGCUCAAGAGUUAUGUGUGUCCAUUUUACUGCUCUUAUUCUGGGUAUCAGGAUGAGUUGUUAUGGGGAGCUGCAUGGUUGCAAAAAGCUACAAGAAGCCCAACAUAUUUAAACUUCAUUCAGUCAAAUGGUCAAACACUUGGUGUGGAUGAGAAUGAUAAUAACUUUGGUUGGGACAAUAAGCAUGCUGGUGCCAAGAUUCUUCUAUCCAAAGCAUUUCUUCUCCAAAAGGUUCAAUCUCUCCAUGAUUACAAGGGUCAUGCAGAUAGCUUCAUUUGCUCACUUGUUCCAGGAGUCCCCUCUUCUCAAACACAAUACACCCCAGGGGGGCUUUUGUUUAGGAUGGAUGAUAGUAACAUGCAAUAUGUGACCUCCACAACAUUUUUAUUAGUAACCUAUGCCAAAUUCUUAACCCGAUCACACACGGUUGCUAACUGUGGCGGCGCAAUUGUGACCGCUCGGCGGCUACGAACCAUCGCCAAGAAACAAGUCGAUUACUUGCUCGGUGACAACCCAAUGAGGAUGUCAUUCAUGGUGGGAUACGGGCCCCGCUUCCCAGAAAGGAUCCACCACCGGGGAUCGUCUCUCCCAUCGAUAUCCGCACACCCUGCGAAAAUCGAUUGUGGGUCGGGGUUUAACUUCAUGCAUUCGGAGUCCCCGAACCCGAACAUACUAGUUGGGGCUGUUGUUGGUGGACCGGAUGAACACGACCGGUAUACCGAUGAACGGUCUGAUUAUUUUCAGACCGAACCCGCAACGUACACGAACGCACCCCUUGUUGGAACAUUGGCGUAUUUGGCUCAUUCAUAUGGGCAGAUUUAGAGGAUUAUGAUUAUAAUUAUGGAAGUAAUUAUGGUUUAUUUUAGUUGUAAUUUGGAGGGAUCAAGAUUGUUAUAACCCUCAAAAGCAAUUGUAAAAUGGGUUAUGUAAUUUUAUUCGAACCCAUAUCAAUUAGGGCUCGAUGUGGUGUCCCCUUUUUUAAAUGUAAUGAUUUGGUAAGUUUAUGCUUAAACAAAUUUGUAAAAUGGCUUAUGUA